GUAGUUCCUGUCAGGCAGUCAGUUAUGUAGGUAAGAGAAUUAAAUAUGCUCUCAAAUUAUACGCGCGAAUGAUUCAAACCAGCACACCUUUGGAUACGUGUGUGUUCUUCUUGUAAAUCGUUCGUUUAAGAGCAGCAAAACAUCUAAUCUUGUCUAAAAUAACGCGAGAGUGGUGAAGCUAGUUAGCCACGUGGCUAAUUCACGUGCUCUUCCUCUAGCGUUAGCCGACUGGGAUCAUCGUUGUGCUUUAGGGACUGUACGUUCGUGUAGCUCAGUGAAUCUGUUCAAGAGCAUAUCGACCGCAGCUAUGGCUGGCAGCAGGAUGAAGCUGGAGCUGUCCCGUGUGGUUCAGGGGACAAGUCGACUGGGUGUCCUGAAGGGGAUCGGCAAGACGGGACAGCACUCUCUGGAAGUCCCGGGGUGUCUUCUGUACACACACGUUGGCACAGUGCCCCACCUCACCCAGGACACACUGCACACCCUGAGCAAUCUCCCGUCUGUCACUCAGGUCACCCUGUCCAAUAUAGCAGAGCACCAGGAAGUGUUGGAGGAGUUUAAGGGUGGAUUCAGGAAGUUCGCAGGUCUUCAUGAUAGUGUGUUGUACUGCUCGCUUCAUGACCCCGCGGCCCCCUGUCCAACAGGCUAUACUACCAGCAAGACAGUGUCAGUGUGGGGCAGCGGUGGGCGGAUAGAGCUGACAGUGGCCAAGUUCAUGGCUCUCCAGAGAACCGUGCAGCCAGACUGGUACCAGAGCAUGGCAGAUGGAGAAACGUGGCAGAACAACACCUCUCGCAAAAGGGUUCGAAAAUCUGUGGAUCGGACUCUUGCACACUUGGAUGAGUGUCUGCAGGUGCACCAGAAAUCACAGGAGUUGGAGGGAGUCAAGGUGUUUGGGGUGGUGGAGGGGGGAGACAUCCUGGAGGAGAGGGUGCGUUCAGCCAGGGAGACAGCUAAGAGGCCCGUGGCAGGAUUCUGCCUGGACGGCUUCCAGACGGGCUCCAUGGACCAGUCCCUGAGGAAGCAGCUCAUCGCUGCUGUUACCAAGGAGCUGCCUGAGGACAAACCCAGACUGCUGCAGGGUGUAGGACGACCUGAUGAGGUGCUGGCAUGUGUGGAGGCUGGCAUGGACCUGUUUGAGAGUUUCUUCCCCUUCCAGGUGACGGAGCGAGGUGGCGCUCUGUGCUUCAGCUUUGACAUUUCCCCGGACCCGGAGCGCGCAGGUAGAGCGCCCCCUGCAGUGCUGGAGCUGGACGAAGAGAGGGAGACGGCAGGGGACCCGCAACAGAAUGGAGAACUUGAUGUGGAUGAUCAAGCGCAGAUGACAGCCUUUGAGAUCAAUCUCAGAGAUAAGAGGUACCAGGAUGACUUCAGGCCCCCAGUGGAAGGGUGUGGCUGCUACUGUUGUAAGAACCACCAGAGGGCAUACCUGCACCACCUGCUGGUGACCAAUGAGCUGCUAGGUGGAGUCCUGCUCAUGAUACAUAACACAGCCCACUAUCACGGCUUCUUCAGUGCCCUGAGAGAAGCGCUGGCCAACGAUAAACUGGACCUCCUUAAGAGACGUGUACUUGGGAAGAGAGAUGGACAGACAGAAAGAAAGGACUGAGGCAGAUAAAUCUGGGAGAUAGAAGAGGGAUGGAUCUUUCUUUCUUCUCAAAAGGAUCACUGGACUGACUUUGCCAGGGGCAAUCAAAGCUCAGCAAAGAUUUUGCUCUUCUCAGUUCAGUCAGAAGAUGAACUGUGAUACUUGAGACUGAGUCACUCCUCAUAUGUUGUAUCUCAGGUCAAGUGUCUCAAGCACAUUUGAAAGAGGAAGAUAAAGAAAGUGAGCAAAGCAGAUGAAGGCAACUGCCUGAUGUUUGUUCUUUGUUUGUGUCCUGGGUUCAGAGGAGGAAAGCAGAAGGUUCCCUUAAGGUUGUGUGUUGAUCAGAGAUGAUAGGAAGGAGACAGAGGCAGGGUUUUGGUGGCUGAAGAGGGAUAGAAGCUUGAUGGGAGGAUCUGCAUAAAGAAAGUAACGUGAAGAUGGAUGGUGACGGACUAUUGACUAUGACUGAAUCCCUGUGUGCCUCCAGUUGUGGUCUGCAGUCAGUGUAUGACUAAUACCCUGUGAACCCAUUGACAUAGCAGCAUAGAGCAUCUUUGGUGACCAGUUAAUAGAGGGGGAAAAAAUGAAAAUAAAUUCUGCUUUUCUCCUGUCAUUCAUUUAUAAAACAAAAGUCGUCUAUAAUAAGAUUUCCUUGAGGAUUUGAUCUUUUUGUCAUUUCAUACAUCACUCGUCUGUAUUCAUCAAGUAUGUAUCAUUUGUUCACAUGCUCUGUGAAUAUUUUUAAUGUUUCACUUCGAUAACUCAAUAAAAUGAGCUUCUCAUACA